AUGAAUGCUAAACAAAGCUUAGAUGAAAUGCAAAUGAAAUUUCUUAUGAAUAAAGAUAUGAUAUAUCGUCAUUUGCAAUGUGUUCGUGGUAGUCCACAAUACUGGUAUAAACGUUUAAAAGACUUAUUCGGAAUGACACGUCAACUAGGUUUUCCAACUUUUUUUCUUACACUAUCAUGUGCUGAUCUACGUUGGAAAGAAUUCACUGAUACUUUUGUACGUCACACUGGAGCUUCAAUAAAAGAAUCAUAUACAUUUGAAGAAAAAACAAAGCUUUUACGUGCGAAUCCUGUUCUAGCUGCACGUUUGUUUGAAAAACGAUUUAAUACAUUUAUGAAUUUGUUUAUUAAAGGUGGAGCAUCGUGUCUAGGCAUUGUAGAAGACUGGUUUGCUCGUAUAGAAAUGCAAAUGCGAGGUUCACCACAUUCUCACAUGCCACUUUGGGUAAAAGGUGCACCUGUUUACAUUGGAUUGCACACCGAUGAAAAAACUCGUGAGGAAAUCGUUAAAUUUUGUGACAAAUAUAUUACGACACGAUUCCCAUCAUUAGAAGAAGAUCCAAUAUUACACUAUCUUGUCAAAGAAUUACAGACUCAUUCUCGUAACCAUUCAAAGUCUUGUUUAAAAUUUUAUAAAAUGUUGUGCCGUUUUGGAUUUCCUCGGCCUGUUGCUCGACGGACAUUCAUUUGUGAACCAUUAAAAGCUGAGAAUGAUGAUGAUAAACAAAAAUUUAAAAGAAUGAAAGAAAUUCUAAUUGAAAUGAAUGCAACGAUGAAUAAAUUAGAAAAAGAAAAAAUUUUGUCAUGGUCGGAUUUUGAUAAUCUUCUAGCAAAGUAUAAUUGGACCUAUGAGGAUUACGAAUGUGCUCUUCGUGUUGUUCAUACAAGAACGACCAUGAUUCAUAAAAGAGAACCUAAUGCACGAUGGGUUAAUCAAUAUAAUGAAGAAAUAUUGAGAACAUGGAAUGCUAAUAUGGAUAUUCAAUUCGUACUUGAUCCAUAUGCUUGUGCAAAAUAUCUUAUGUCAUAUACAACAAAACCAGAACGAGAAAUGAGUUUAUUAUUAGAAGCAACUCAUAAAGAAUGUCGUGAAGGAAAUAUGUCCGUUCGAGAAGAAAUGAAAAAAUUAACAGGUACUUUUUUUAAUCAUCGACAAGUUAGUGUACAAGAAGCUAUUUAUCGUGCAACUAAAAUGCCACUAACAUAUUCAAGUCGAGGUUUUGUUUUUGUACCAGCACAUUCAAAUAGUUGUAAAUUUUUAAAAUCACAAAAUAUAUUAAAAGAAUUGGAUCCAGAUGACGAAAAUAUAUAUAUGUCUAACUUAGCUGACAAAUAUUUUGAUAGACCAGAAGAACUGGAAUUCGAUAUUUGUAUGGCAGAUUUUGCUUCUGAAUAUGAAAUCAUAUCGAUUAAUAAAAACAUUAAAAAUCCAAAGACUCCAAUUAAACGAUUACAAACACUAAAUUUUGCUAUUAAGAAACGUUGUAAUCGUAAUGCUAUUAUUCGGUAUCCAUAUUUCAAUAGAGAAACAGAUAGAGAAAAUUAUUUUCAAAAUCUUCUUUCUCUCUAUUUACCGAUAAGAAGUCGAAGUGAAUUGAAAAAACCUUAUGAAUUGUUUUAUGAAAUAGGUGAAAUAUUUGAUGCUCGACAACAAUGUAUAAGAAAAGUAAAAGAAGUUGUCUAUGAAAAUCGAAAAAAAUAUGAAGCUCAUUGGAAAGAAACAGAUGAAGCGGAAUCAUUAUUUAAUCAAUUAUCAGUAGAUAUGAAAGACAACGAAUGGGCUGAAAUUGUUGCUAAUAAAGAAAAGGAUAAUAUAUGGUCAGGAGAUAUUGAACGAGAAGAUAAUCCCGAUUUUAAUAUUAUUCAUAAAGGAAAAAAUAAAAAUACGUUCAUUGACUUGAAGCAAACUUUUGCUACUACAGAUGAAAUAAGACCCUUCUUAGAAUCGAUGAACUAUGAACAACAAGAAGUAUUUUAUUAUGUUCGAGAAUGGUGUACAAAACGUUUACAUAAUCCUAAUGUCGAACCUCUUCGUUUGUUCAUUACGGGAGGAGCAGGCACAGGUAAAAGUCACCUUUUGAAAUGUCUUCAUUACGAAGCAACAAAAAUUUUUUCUCGAAAAAAACAUUUAGAACCCGAUGAGAAUAUUGACGAGAUUCAUACAUUGAUCACAGCUUUUACUGGUGCAGCAGCUGUCAAUGUUGGUGGAGUAACUAUUCAUAGUGCAUUCGGUAUUGGAACUCAACAUAAUAGUUUAAGUGAUAAUUUAUCUUGUGAUAAAUUAAAUAGUUAUCGUUGUAAGUUGGGUACACUUAAAUUAUUAUUUGUUGAUGAAGUUUCUCUUAUACAAGCAAGUUUAUGGGGUGCUAUGCAUUCUCGUCUUACUCAAAUCAUGGGUAUACAUUCGAAUACAGCUAUUUUUGGUAAUGUUGGUAUAGUUGCUAUAGGUGAUUUUUAUCAAUGUUCACCAGUAGCAGCUUCAAGUAUUUAUUCUUCUUUACUUUGGUCUGAUCAUUUUGAAUAUGUUGAACUUAAAAUCAAUGAAAGACAAAAAACAAACAUUUUUUUCUCACAAAUGCUUAAUCGUAUUCGAAAAAUUAAAAAAAAAGAAGAUAUGAGUAAAGAAGAUCGUGAUGUGCUUGAAAAAUGUCAUCAACGUUAUUUGAAUAAAGAAUAUCAUCUAGAAGCAUUGCAUCUUUUUGCUAGAAAUGCUCAGGUUGAUGCACAUAACGAAGAAAUGAUUGAGAAAAUUUGCACGAAUAUUCGAAUAUUCUAUGAAGUUAAUAAUAAUGAUAAAGAAAUAAAAUCGAACGGAAGAACAGAAACAAAAAAAAAUAGUAAGCCAUUACGACUUGCUAAAAAUGCUCGUGUGAUGAUGACGAAAAAUAUUUGUGUAAAUGAUGGAUUAGCAAAUGGUGUCACAGGUUGUAUUGUAGAAUUUGUAGAAAAUAAUAAUAAAGAUGUUUCUCAUAUAAUAAUUAAAUGUGAUUCAUCUAAAGUUGGACGUCUUCAUAGAGUUAGUUGUCCACGUUGUCAUGGACGAGAUACAAUAUGUGUGAUGCGAGAAAGUAACACUAUUGAUCGACUAGAAUAUGAUUCACAAUCAAAAAAAGGUACAAAACAAUUUCCUUUACGUCUUAGCUGGGCAAUGACUAUACACAAAGCUCAAGGAAUUACUGUUGAUCAAGUUGUUAUUAGUACGAAAGAUUUUUUUGGAAGUGGAAUGGGAUAUACAGUAUUAUCACGUGUUCGUAUCCUAGAAGGACUGUUUCUUAUUGAUUUACACUUUGACAAAUUCUAUUGUAACGAAAAUGUUGAUAGAGUUCUUUCUCAAAUGAAAAUAAUGAGAAAAAAACAAUUAAUAUUUCAAGAAUCUUCACAAUUCUUGAAUAUAUUGUUUCACAAUAUUGAAGGAUUAAAAUGUAAUUUUAAAGCAUUUUCUAAUUACCAUUUAUUACAUAAAGCAGAUUUGAUUUGUCUAGCAGAAACAUGGUUGAAAGAUGAUACUCGAUUGGAUCAUCUUCAAAUUAAUGGUUAUAAUCUUGUUCAUAAAACACGAGCAUGUUCAUUUGUAGCAAACCAUUUACUUCAUUCACAAAAAGGUGGUGGUGUUGCAAUAUAUUUUCGAGAAACUAUUCCUAUAAAAAAAAUUGAUUCAUAUGCACAUGUAAAUCUUGAAUGUAUUACUUUUGAAAUAGAAAAAAGUAACAUAGUUAUUAUCGUAUGUUAUCGAUCACCACAGCAAAAUAAAAAAGAAUUUGUUGUAAAUUUAAUUGAACAUUUAAAACAAUUUAAUAUUGACAAAAAUAUUCUUCUUAUUGGCGAUUUUAAUGAAGAUAGUCUUGAAAAUAAAUCAAAACCUAUUGAAACAAAAUUGGAAAAUUUAGGUUUUGUAAAUAUGUUUAAAGAUAUGCCUACCACGAAUAGUUUAACAAGCCUUGAUUGUGUUUAUUCUAAUUUUAUACUAAAUAAAGUUCAAUAUCGAGAUGUGACAGGAAUAUUUUAUAGCUUUCAUGAUGCAUUAAUUUGUUCCAUUGAUAUAGAAAAUAAAAAAAAAAGAAUCAAACAAAGAGGUUGA